AUGAAUCACUUUUUGUGGGCGCUAGCACUUCUUCCUUUAUGUCUCGCUGUCCGAGAACAGUCUAUAGCAGUCAAAGGACGAUUUCUUUGCGGUGAACAACCAGCAGCGAACGUUAGGGUAAAAUUGUGGGAAGAGGACUCAGGUCAGUCAACUCUAAUUGUUUAUUGUGGAACCGUUGAGACAACUCCCAUCGACCCCGUCUUGAAAGUAUACCAUGACUGUAAUGAUACUUUACAUAAAUCCCCUUAUUUGGUCAUUAUCUCUUUUCAGCCUGGUAGCCGAAAAGUAAAAUUCUCUCUACCCGACAAGUAUAUCACAGAAGGAAUGGUCCCGAAAAAAGUUAUGGAUAUCGGGUCGAUCAAUCUUGAAUUGGAAUUCAUGGAUGAGGGACGCGAGUUUAUCGUUGACUAA